AUGAAACAACUCUCUGUCCUGCUGUUUUCAUGCAUCAGCGCCCUCGUGGCAGACGCCAGUGCGGCUGUCAACCGCUCCUCGCUUUUGAGCUAUGCGUCAAAGCCCCGGGUUUUCGUUCUCUCAGACAUUUCCAAUGAGCCCGAUGACACCCAGUCUUUCGUGCGAUUCCUGCUCUACAGCAAUCCGUUCCAAAUCGAGGGCAUGACCGCCGUCACUUCCACCUGGCUGAAGGACAAGGUGUACCCCGAGCAGAUCUCAGCCGUGGUUGAUGCGUACGCUCAAGUGGUCGACAACCUGAAUCAACACACUUCCCCUUCAUCCCCGUAUCCCUCUGCGGAGUACCUCCACAGCAUUGUCAAAUGCGGUCCUGAAGUAAGCACCCCCGUGGCCGUCUUUACACGGUUCCUGCUAAUUAGAACACAGAUGUACGGCAUGGAAGGCGUUGGCCCUGGUAAGAAUCUUAGUUCCGGCGCAGAGCUACUGCUCAGCCAACUCCGCCAACCCGUUGACGAACCCCUGUGGGUCCUCGGAUGGGGCGGCGUGAACGUCCUAGCAGAGACCUUGUACUACGUGCACGACAACUUCAAUGCCACUGAGGCGGCACGUCUGCGUGCCCAGCUACGCGUGUACACCAUCUCCGAUCAGGAUGACAGCGGCCUCUGGAUCCGCGAGCAGUUCCCGGAUAUCUUCUAUAUCGCAUCAAUGCACGGAUGGAACCAGUACAGGCUGGCCACGUGGGCGGCUAUUUCCGGCGAGGAGUACUACAACUUCGAUGUGGGCGGGCCGGACUUCACCAAAGUCUCCGCCGCGUGGCUAAAGGAGCACAUCCAGAUCGGCGUCUAUGGCAAGGAGUAUCCGGACUACAAAUACAUUAUGGAGGGAGACACUCCGACUUUCUUGUAUCUUAUCCAGAACGGGCUGGGCGUGCGCGAGCAGCCCGACUACGGCUCGUGGGGUGGCCGCUACUCGCUGGUGGAUCUGUCCCAGCAGGUCAGGUACCGGCAGUACAGUGACGCGGCAGACCGGGUGAUCGGCCAGAACAACCGCACCUACGCCUCAAACCACGCAGCCAUCUGGCGUUGGAGAGAUGCGUAUCAGAAUGACUUUGCUGCUCGGAUGCAAUGGGCUCUCCCGGCCAACGAGACUAAGGCUGCCAACCACCACCCCGUGGUCAUAGUGAACGGACACAUAGAGCUGAGCCCGCUGUUCAUCGCGUCGACGCCUAAUGCUACCGUGUGGCUUGACGCCUCCGAGACGUACGACCCCGAUCAAGACAGCCUUUUAUUCCGGUGGUUCCAGUACAAGGAGCCUGGAUCGACCGACUGGAACGUUGGAAACCAGAUCCCGAGCUUGGAUGUGACUGUGUCUGGCGACGGUCGACGCGCGCAGGUCACAAUUCCCUCCGAAGACAAGGUCUGCGAUGGCAAGAGCUUCAACGACUCGGGCUGUUGGACCUUGCACCUUAUCCUGGAAGUGACGGACAACGGCGUAUAUCCAUUGACGACGUACAAGCGCGUCCUGUUCGAGAUAACGAACUCGACACAGGCAGCUACUGAUUGA